AUUCUUCAAGAUGAAUUCUUGGGAAUCGUUAGAUAAAAUGGUUAAGAAAGAAAUUAUUCGUAAAGAAUUUUCUAAAAAACCAACAGAAUUAUCUAUUUGUAAAAUACAUGUUAAGAUUUUAGAAGCUUUAAAUUUUUCAAUUAAACAAAUAAAACAAGAUCUGUACAGUGAAAUUAUAGAUGAAGAUUCAAAAAAAUCAAUUGUUAUUGGAGCAGCUUGCUCAAGAGUUGACAAAUAUAUAGAAAGAGCUGUUCAAACUAUGAGUUUAUAUGAACAAAGUAUAAUUACAAUAAAAAUUCCACUAGAUGAUAAAGGGAUCAACUAUGAUUUAUUAUCAUUAGAAGUUAUGUUAAAAGAAGUAGAAUUUUAUAAACCUAUUUGGCAAUGGAGUUUAGACGAAAAAUAUAACGUAGCAUUAAAGUAUAAGGAUAAUGGGGUUGAACUGUUCAAAGCGAAAAGACACAUGGAUGCAUAUUAUAGAUUUAGUAAAGCAUGUAAAAUUCUUAUAACAUUAGAACCAUUGGAUUUCAAUGCACCUAUACUAAAAGAUGUUUGGAAUCUUAGGCAUAUUUUAUAUAAUAACAUGGCUGAAUGUCAUUUAAUCAGGAAGAAUUAUGGUCAUGUAUUAACUUUAUGUAGUAAAAUACUAAAUAAAGAGAAUCAUAAUGUUAAAGCUUUAUACAGAAGAGGGGUUGCUUAUGGUAAUUUAAAAGAUUAUGAAAAUGCCGUUAAUGACUUAAAAAAUGCAAUUUUUUUUGAUCCUAAAAAUGCAAAAGCACAGGAACAAUUUAAUAUUUAUAAUGAAUUAUGGAAAGUUUCUGUUCAAAGAUACCAAGAUAUAGUUCGAAAAAUGUUUAAAACUAAAUAACUUUUUAUAUUUGUAAUAUAUUUAGA